ACUAUGUCUGACAAAAUAUGUCUUAAGAGGGUAAAUAUUCAGUCUAAACAUGAAAUACAUCUAAUUAAAGAAAAUGUACGGCUUGUUACAAUUCUGGGAUUGCAACUGCGAUUGAGUGAAAACCAGCUUGCAAGCAGGCACCCCAGCACCGAGGUUGGGAACCAUUGGAUUAGACCAUGAUAAAAAAGCUUCAUAUAGUGACAUAAAAAGACACAAGAACAGUCUUCAUCAUCCGGUAGCUCAGUAACCAAACAUAAAUACAAAUAAUUGAGCCAUUCAAAUAAUUAUGAGAUGCUGGCAUGAAAUCCAAAAUGGUUAUUUAUCCCGCCUUUGUAAUAUUUUAUAUUUUCCUACUGUAGCAAAAUGAGCUAUUGAGCUAUUGUAUGAGCUAUUUAUAGAAAUGGUUAUCUGUUCUUCCUGUAUAUAGAAAGAAAGAUAGCAAAAAGAGAGACACCGAGGCAGAGACAGACAGACAGAGAGAGGGAGAGGGAGCAGAUAUCUGCAUGUUAAAUGACAAAAUAUUAACCAAAUAUCUGAAUUUCUGCAUUCUCCUGCUAGUUCUGCGUCUCUUCUUCUUCUUCUCUCUCAACGGUUAAAGUGUUUCAUUACCCGCAAUGAGUGAGGUAUUUUAUUCAUCUAUGAAGUUCAAGAAGAACUUUAGGCAGCGGACUGCAGCAACUCAGGAUGAUGACGUAACCUAUUCUGAGGUCAAAACCAUCAACCCUACCGCCUCCAACACAGUGUGCCACUGUGGUUCAGCAGAGCACAGUGGGCAAAGCUCAUAUCCCUACAGACGGGUUGCAGUGAGUCUGGGGCUGCUGUGUGCUCUCUUAUUGGCUGCCACAGUAGUCCUGUGUGUCCUCUAUACAAGUUUAUCAGAGAACUAUUCAAUGUUGGAGAGAGAUCUGGAGGAGCUCAGAAGCAACUACAGCACCAUGUAUACAGAGAAAGUCCAGCUACAGAGCACUUUGUGUAAACCCUGUCUACAGGGCUGGGCACAGUUCUCUUCGAAGUGUUACUACUUCUCUAAUGAGACGAAGAGCUGGGAAGACAGUCGCAGUGACUGCGAGGAAUGGGGAGCUGACCUGGUGAUUAUAGAGAGUGAAGAGGAAAAGCGGUUCAUCAACAACAAAACUCAAUCCUAUACCUGGACUGGACUGAGUUACUCAGCAGCUAAGGGUAACUGGCUCUGGGUGAAUGGAACCCCUCUGCAGAAAGGAUUCUGGGAGAGUCGAGAGCCAGAUGUUCAAAAUGGAAAUGUUUGUGUCAUGUUUUCCCCUCACAUUAAUGCAUGGGGUGCUUAUUACUGUUCUGAUGUCCAUAAUUUCAUCUGUGAGACUAAUGCUCUGCUCCCCUACGCACCUCACACGGUGACAGGGGGUCGGCCAGUGGGGUCAUCAACCACUGCUUCAGCGGAAACUCCUCUUUUUGUAGCAGUGCUGUCCCUCCAGUUCACAGUGAGUGGUGCUACUCUGUUGUCCAUCUGCAGAAAAGCAUUUACUUUUACACUGUUACAUAUGAAAAGAUCAUUCUUAGAGUCUGCUGCCUGUUCAUUCUGUACAGGCAGAGUGUGUGAACCCUGUCCACAGGGCUGGGCACAGUUCUCUUCGAAGUGUUACUACUUCUCUAAUGAGAGGAAGAACUGGACAGACAGUCGCAGUGACUGCGAGGAACGGGGAGCUGACCUGGUGAUUAUAGAGAGUGAAGAGGAACAGUGGUUCAUCUACGAACAAAUAAAAAGCACUACCUGGAUUGGACUACGUUACUCAGCAGCUAUGGGUAACUGGCUCUGGGUGGAUGGAACCCCUCUGCAGGAAGGAUUCUGGGGGAGUGGAGAGCCAGGUGAUGAAAAAGGAUUUUAUUGUGCCCUGAUUGCCUCUAUAAUGAAUGCAUGGCUUACUAUUUACUGUGAUUAUGACUUUAAUUUCGUCUGUGAGACUAAUGCUCUGCUCCCCUUGUCAGAAAUGGCAGCAUUGGUCUCCAAAGAUUCAGAGGGUAUAUACACUGCCCUGGCCUGUCCAGACCAAGAUGUGUACAACACACUGGGCCAGACCUCACUCAACAGCCCAGGAGCUCAGCACAAAGGGCACAGUGGGCAAAGCUCACUUCCCUACAGACGGGCUACAGUGAUUCUGGGGCUGCUGUGUGCUCUCUUAUUGGCUGCCACAGUAGUCCUGUGUGUCCUCUAUACAAGUCUAUUAGAGACCUAUUCAAAAGAGAAGGAGCUCAGAAGCAAUUGCAGCACCAUGAAUACAGAGAAAGUCCAGCUACAGAGCACUUUGUGUAAACCCUGUCCACAGGGCUGGGCACAGUUCUCUUCGAAGUGUUACUACUUCUCUAAUGAGACGAAGAGCUGGGCAGACAGUCGCAGCGACUGCAAGGAAUGGGGAGCUGACCUGGUGAUUACAGAGAGUGAAGAGGAACAGCGGUUCAUCAACAAACAAAUAAAAGACUUUACCUGGAUUGGACUACGUUACUCAGCAGCUAGGGGUAACUGGCUCUGGGUGAAUGGAACCCCUCUGCAGAAAGGAUUCGGGGGGAGUCGAGAGCCAGAUGUUAAAAAUGGAUGUGUCCUGUUUGCCCCUCAAAUUAAUGCAUUGGGUGUUUAUCACUGUUCUGAUGUCCAUAAUUUCAUCUGUGAGACUAAUGCUCUGCCCCCCUAAACCAUUUUUUAUCAUUGUAUGUUUUUGGUUCUCUCAUCUUGUGAGAGGCUGUUGACCAUGGCAGGUUUGACAGUCAGACACAGGACCAAUAAGCAGACCACAAUGUUACCGUUUCUGGUGGGAAUAUAUGGAAUAUACAUACUGCUGUCUUUACUAGAAAUGUAUCUGUGAGACUAAGCUUUAUUAAAUGCAUUGAAAUGACUGUACAUGCAGAGUAGAUUUAAGCUAUUACAUUAUUGGUUCUAUGGACAUAUUGUAAGUAUAAAAAAUCAAAAACAAUACAUUUUAAAUGGUCCUCAUCUUGCUGUUGUGAUACUGUAAAUUUAAAUUGAAAUAGAGAACAGCAGUCACUGCUAAAAAAGCAAAUGUGUUCAUUGGGCCUCAUUUAUCAAUAAUUUUGUAAAUAUGCACAUAAGUUUCCCCGUAAAAUUAUACAAACUAACAACUGCUGCCGCAUUUAUCAAACGUUCGGAGGCACUUAGUUUCAAUGGUAUCCCCGUGCGUAUGUUGAUAAAUCCCAAUCAGUCGUAAAUUGGAAGCGCGUUCACGGUCGCCUCGUUGUAGCACACCUCAUGCGGUGACAGGGGGUUGGCCAGUGGGGUCAUCAACCACUGCUUCAGCGGGUAACCCUCAUCCCCUAAGGGCGAAAGGGAUAAAACGUUGACAGUGCAGGUUUGGAGUUACUAAAUGUCAAACAUCAUGCUUACCAAUGAGCCAGCCAUCCUCAACAGUUCUAUGCGCCAAGCGGUUCCCCACAGAGCAGUUUUGCAAAACAAAUGAAUCACGUGUUCCUCCAGGACAACGAGCAACAA